CCAGAAUACAUGCUGGAACUGCCAUGCGUAAGGGCUUUGAAAAAAACACUGUAGCCUCUGACCCUAACUUCAAGCUAAGAGCUUCUCCAUGUGAAGCUGAGCUUCAGGAAUUAGUCCACCAAAUUGACAUCAUGGUAAACAACAAGAAACUGGAAUGGGAAAGGAAGGUGCGAGCUUUAGAGGCAAGAAUGGAUGUCCGGGAUCAAGAAUUAGCAAAUGCCCAAAGCAAGUUGGAUCUGAAAGGUCAAGAG